UAAUCCUCUGGACACGCACGAGCCGGGUGCCUGCAGACAGACCGAGAGUGUAAGAGAGUGAGUAGGCAGGUGGAGACGGAGAGAGUGUGAAGUCAAACUGUGAGGGGAGCAAGAUGAAGGCAGAGGGAGGGAGGAGAAGAAGAAGAGCUAUUAUUCCUCUAGCACGCUGAGAGAAACCAGUGGGGAGCCUUCCUUACGAGCAGAAGCGAAGCAGCAUUUCACUCUCGCUCUCUGCCAGAGUGAGAGAGGGGGAGAGCGAGCGAGUAAACGAGAGAGAGAGAGAGAGGUACACUACUCUACUGACAGUGUGAACAGAACGAGGAGAUGAGAGAGGGAGGGUGAAGCAGAAAACUAGACAAUGUGGAGGGAGAGCGGUAGGUAGCAGCUUGUUCAGGAGAGGUGGAGAGAGAGGCAGAGAAGCACAAGUCUAGCCACAGGGAAGGAGAGAGAGAGGACGGAGGAGAGACAGUGGAGGGAGGGAAGAGGAGGAUGAGGGAGGAGUGGAGAGAGAAGACAGACGCUGAUCUUUGACUGUUGAGGACAAUGUGCGAGCGUGUGAGCGUGAAGUGUGCUUGUGAGACUGGGUGCGAUGGAUCACUGUUCCUGCACACUGUAAGUCUCAGUGCAUGGCAGGGCGUUUAGAGUGUGUGAGUCUGGUUUCAUUGUGUUUUACCAGACACAGCACAGUGGCUGAGGGAUUACGACAGCUGGGGAGAGAGUGUGAGGCUCUUCUAUGUGUGUUGUGGUAGCGAGCAGGUGUGUGUAUGUGUGUGUGUGUGUGUGUGUGUGUGUGUGAAAGCAGCAGGGCAGCUGGAGACAGAGAUAGGUAGAAAGGCCAGGUACACCUAGAGGGCAGGAUCGCAGAGAGAGAGAACCCACGUGAGGACAGAACAAGUGAAACAGGGACACCAACUCUGCCACCAGAUACAGUGCUUGUACGUGCGCGCGUCUGCACGGCGGCACACAGAGAACCAGCACACAGAGAACCGGCACCGGUCAAGUCAUCUCAGGUCAGCGCGGUGGGGGUGGAGCCAGGGUCCAUGGAUAUCCACUAGGCAGCCAUGGGGGCCCAGUGAGCUGUAGUAGGUGACGCCCUCUGCCCCCAGUCCCACCCAGCAGCAGCACUCUCGCUUCCCCUCCGGUGGGUAGACGAAGGUGAGCCUAGGGCACCUCGAAGCCCCGAAGGAGGGCCUACAGCGGGUUUCCAGUGCCCAGAGGAGGAACCACGGCCAUCAUGGGGGAGUGGACCAUCCUGGAGCGCCUCCUGGAGGCUGCCGUCCAGCAGCAUUCCACCAUGAUCGGAAGGAUUCUUCUGACUGUGGUGGUGAUCUUUCGGAUCCUGAUCGUGGCCAUCGUUGGCGAGACGGUGUACGAGGACGAGCAGACCAUGUUCAUCUGCAACACCCUGCAGCCGGGCUGCAACCAGGCCUGCUACGACAAGGCCUUCCCCAUCUCCCACAUCCGCUACUGGGUCUUCCAGAUCAUUCUGGUGUGUACGCCCAGCCUGUGCUUCAUCACCUACUCUGUGCACCAGUCGGCMAAGCAGCGUGACAGACGCUACUCCUUCCUCUACCCACUGCUGGAGCGUUCGGAUUAYGGGCAAAGYRGCACCAGGAAGCUUCGUAACAUCAACGGCAUCCUGGUGCACCACGGCGACGGUGGCGGGAAGGACGAGCAUGACUGCAUGGAGGUGAAGGAGAUCCCCAAYGYGYCGCGGGGGCUCACACAYGGCAAGAAGUCCAAGCAGCGCCAGCAGGAGGGCAUCUCGCGCUUCUACAUUAUCCAGGUGGUGUUCCGUAACGCACUGGAGAUCGGCUUUCUGGURGGACAGUACUUCCUAUACGGCUUCAGCGUGCCGGGCAUCUUCGAGUGCGACCGYUACCCCUGCKUGAAGGAGGUGGAGUGCUAYGUGUCRCGGCCCACCGAGAARACGGUCUUCCUGGUCUUCAUGUUCGCCGUGAGCGGCAUCUGCGUGCUGCUCAACCUGGCAGAGCUCAACCAYCUGGGCUGGAAGAAGAUCAAGGCAGCCAUCCGGGGCGUGCAGGCCCGCCGRAAGUCCAUCUGCGAGAUCCGCAAGAAGGACAUGACCCACAUGUCGCAGCCCCCCAACAUGGGCAGGACCCAGUCCAGCGAGUCCGCCUACGUCUGAUGGAGACAGGGCUAUACGCUGGGUAAGUGAGGGGCAGGGUAGGGAACGAGUGGGACGACCACUCCAUUCCACGCUCUCUUUUUACAGUUUUAAUGGAAAGAGGAGGAGGAGGAGGACGGUGAAAAAAAGCUGCCAAGGAAUAUUUGCUGUAUUUGUUUUAUUUAUUAUGAGACCAGCUGCACCUGUUCUUGUCAUACCUUGUCAUGUGUAUGAUUUUUUUUUAUUGGGACAUUCCCAAAGUGCUGUACGGAAGUCUUUAAGGAGAGGCUUCUGGCUGUUGUAGGGUUUCCGGGCCAGGGGCGGUGGGGUGGAGAAGGGGACCGAAGGGUAGGCUAUGUCAUGAUGCUGUUCUGGCUUAUGUCAUCCAUGAUGAAGAGAGUAGGAGGGGUCGUUAACUGAGAAGGAGCGGAAGAGCUGUCGCAAUGAUGAUCCGACUCUCCACAAGCAGCACACACGGUGUCGACUUUCUAUCCCCUCUUUGCUGGUGUGGAGAGAGAAUGAUGUUCCUCUCAAGCUGGUCUCCAAAGAUUACGAUGACAGAGAGAGCCAGUGUUCGGUACUCCUGGAGCUGGUGCCAGAAGAAACUGCUGUUUACAUUUUGUCUCCUGGCAAACAAUUAUUAACACAAACACCAUGAAGGAAUACUGAAAACAUUUUUUCUCUACUUCUCCACUGCUGGCACCUGCACCAUUGAGACUGAGGGUGGAUGACAGUAAUGUCUUCUCCUCUUCUCCUCGGUGUAAACUUUAGAGAUAAACCCAAGGAGGUCACGCAUAAAUGAUACCUCCACAGUCACAACCCGUUCCCCUCCACACCAACACCCCCACCAACAUCUCUCCAGCAUUCCAAUGUGUUGCGUGUGUUUGUGACUGACUGAAACAAAGAUACAAAUAAAAGGGAAUAGGGAGAGAAAUAGGGAGAGAAAUAGGGAAUAAGAGAGAGUAAAAGAGGAACAUUCUCCUUGAAGAACCAGAUCAUUGUAUUACUAAUUUAAAUGUUUAUGAUAUCAUUAUUAUGAGUUGAUUUAUUCUCUUCGUGACAAAGUUGGUACCAUCCUUUGGAUUUACUUCUUGUUUGAAAGUUCCUGCAUAGUAUUUCCUCUUUUAGUUGAGAGAGUAUGUCAAAAUAGAUGUAUUUGUCUUCAUGGAGGGAGGGGAGGCAAAAAAAACAUGGUUGGGUUUCAUGAGGGUACUUUGUUUAGGUUCAUUUCAAAGCAUUUUGCCUCCGAUCGAUGGAACUGAAUUUGUGUCUGAGAGGAAAGGCAUGUACUCAAGCAGUGCUUCUAGAAGCAACAAAGUGUUGUCAUGAAUUGUACUCCUGACAGAGAACAUGUUCAUCUACUGGUUUGUGCUGCAUCUCUCUCAUAUGUGGUGAUCAGCAGGCAUGCCUUUAAGAGACAAAGAAAAGACUGAGGAAAGUACCAAGGACAAUAAGCGCUGCACCAUGAUCCUUGACAGACGGGAGAGAGAAAGGAACUCUCGUUGGGAAAAACUCUGUAGCACCAGCAAUAAAAGCCCAACACACUCGCUCAACGCCACUGAAGACAGGGUUCAGCUUUUCUACAAUAGUGGUACGCUCUAAAAGGGAUCCCACAUUUACAGCACAAUGGCCUUUGACCCUGCAGUGAGGCCAGACAUGGGAGGUGGAGGUGGGGGGGGGUCCUUGUUGUGGAUAUAUUGAGGGAGUGGUUUGUACACUAAGCAGUAGUAGUGUCCAUGGCGAUGAAAUAAUAAGAAGGCCAAACAUGACCAGCGAGGUGCUUCACCAUACUGUACACGGUGCCUGUGUGUGUGUGCUUGCAUGUGUGUGUGCUCCUUGGUUUAUGUCCCAUCCAGAGAGAGAAUCCCCAUCAGCAUGGUUCUGCUUGAGUGGAAAUGCUUGGGCCGGAACAUUCUCCUGGUGUUCUACCCCAGGAUCAUAUGGGAACCCUGUAAUGGGGGUCACCCCAAGCACUGCCAAGGGACACACAGCCUGGAGUGUGUAAUCUCUGAAACACUCUGUAGGGAGCAGGAGAGAGAAGAGGGAGAGGGGAGUUGCUGGUAGACAUUGACAUCAACACUAUGUGAUCUUUUGGCACUUGCGUCGGGUACACUGUAAAACAGAGUAGACUGCUCAGGUUGGAGAUGUUUUGGUUUACAGUGACACCGACUGGGCCCGGGCCAAACCAACUCCAGCCGAGAGGGGAGGACAGGGGGGAACAGUCCCAGCAUGCAUUUCACACCACUCGAAAUUUAGAUGACGCAAGCCAAGCAGAAAAAACAGACAUGGGAGAGGAAAUAUGGCUGUCAGUACCAGUGGAAUAUGGAAAGCCACAAAGCCUUUAGUUGCACAUUUGUUUGAAAAGAACAGGAAAUGAACAAUGUCCUAAACAGAACAACAGAAAGCCAUGACAUCACUCAGACAGAGCAAAGGCCUCUAAAAACAAAGGCCUUGCUAGUCAUUCAAUUACAGAGGAUUACAAACACCAAGAGACAAGUUUAUGGAGAUUCAGAACUGUCCCCAUGUAAGAUGGCUGACAAAUUGUUCCCUUCUAGAGCAUUGGGGCUCUAUGAAAUCAGCCUCUUGAGUUGUAUCUCUAUGUAUGAGUCCAGCUAUCCAUGCUCCUCCUCUCUAUCCUCACUGAGCACACUACUGACGUAGUGGUAUAGUCUUAUUGAGGUGUGACUGGUGAAGUGGCCAAAGAAGACUCUUUAUUCAUUCAGUCUUGUCUGUGAUUCACCCUCUGAUACUAGUCGGUAAUCUCUAGUAUAGAAUUAGUCCCCUUCUUCAGAGCUCGUUGAAUGUCCGUGGGAUUGGAUGUGGCGGAGCCUUGUUCUUAGAAGACCGCUGAGAGGGUGUAAUAAUAGAGGUUAAGGCCGGGCUUUCUUUAAAUGACCCUGGGCCCUUCUCUUUAAGAAAGGGCUUGGUAAGGUUAACCAGAAGUAUAGUAUGGAUAUACAGGACUCUCCAGUCCCCAAGUGUCUCUGCUCUCUGGCUGCUCACCACUGCUCUCCUGUCUGGUCUCAUUGAGGGGUAUAUAACAGGGUUGGGAUGAGGACACUUCCCAAAGUGAAUACUUCCCAAAGUGAACACUUCACAGGGUUCUAGCGGUCCAAUGGUCUCCAGUCUUUAUGUGAAAAUUAUGCAAUUUUAUUUUCUUGAUUUGUUUCCUUUUUUUUUCUGGCUUGUGGAUUCAUUUUAUUGUCUGUUGCUCUUUUUUUUGUACAGUGAUGUAAUUGAAAGACAAAUCGAAAAGUUUUUUUUUUUUCCUAUGUAAAGAACAAAACAUUUGAAAUGUGCAAACUGGGGCGGUGUGUUGAGAUGUAAUGCACUAGUGUUGUAUCCUUCCCUUGCCAAAGUGAUAUGCAAAUGACAUGGUGUUUCAAAUGUAUUCUUUUUUAAGGCAUGUACAAUGGCUAGAAUAAGCAUGUUUCUGCCUGUUUUUAAAAACUCUAUCUUAAAAAAGAAGAGGUUUUUUAGUCGUUGUCCAAGCUGUUGAGAUAAAACGUGUAUUAAGUCUUGAUGUCAGGAAUCUCUAAUUUCCAACUCUUUUACAAGUCAGUACCAACUCAAUUAGUCAUUUCUAAACGGAAUAGCGUAGGGUUCAGCCCUGCUGUUUUUUUUUUACCACCAUUUUGAGAUACUUUGAAUUAACUGCUAUAAAAAAUAUUUUAAAUAACAACACUUAAGAUGUGGAUACUCUGAAUUAUACUUGUGUACUGUAAGACAAAUGUUUCAGGGUAAAUAAACACUACAUUGACAAAAUAGAGGACACAACAUUCCAGAAUAAUGUCAAUGAAUUAUGAUCUAUUUAAUUAGCUCUGAUGAAAGAAUCAGUGAAGCACUAAGACACAGUGAACAUUAUGGGGACUGUGUAGCCCUCUGCUUCAGGUCAACACAUUGAGGGCUACUGCACAUCAUACAAACAGUCUCAGGAAUUAUGCACUUCUAAAUGAUUAGCAAUCUUUUAAAACUCGGUUUUUAUUCAUAUUUCUACAACUAAUUCAACCAAACUUUUCUAAACGCUAUCAGACAACACCUGCAUCCUUUCUUAAACAGGGAACAGCAUAUAGCUCAAACGGGCACAUAAAGUAUUGUCAAUCAGUACACACAUUAGUAUUAUUACAUAACUUCUUGUAUCCAAGCCUCAACCAGCCCUCUAGCCUGAAACAUUGGUGCUAAUCUACCCUCAUCCUGUGAUGCAUUGAAUCAGUGACAAGGAAGAAGGUAAUUUCCCAGGCAAGUUCAGAUAACUAUUUCCUAGGAGAUGGAAGCAAGGACCUACAGACAGCUCACAACUCUUCCAAUUGGCAGGAACGGACACCAUCUGUGGUGGCAGAGAGCAAACCCUGGAGGUUGUGACACUUUUAAAUACCUGCUGUACUGUCACUCUAGCGCACUACUACCACCAGCGCCACCUGUCCUAACCUCACAUGUAGGGCUGCAUCAAACCAGUGGCAUGGGGGGGGUGUGGAGAGGUAAUAGACCCAGGUUUACGUCAUCAAGUCUGGCACCGCUCACCCUUGAGACAAAGGGACCCGUCUAAACAUUUUAACGAGACCGGCUGUGUUGAAAGUUUUAUAAACAAGGGCUUUAUAGUUUCAGCACAGUGUCUUAGUCUCCUUCAUCCCCCCUUCACCAUAGAAACAAAAACAUAACAUACCGCUAUCCCAAUAUUUAUCUCCCUAACAGAACGUGGUGACCAUGUUUGUUGCUCAAGGACCUAAUCAAACCUUUGGCCUUGUUGUGCCAAUGGGUGAUACGCAGUGCCGUCAACUUCACUAGCCUGAAAGACGAACACAUCAGAACUCUUGCUCAGGAAUAUCUACACAAGGCAACAGCAAACAUGACGUCCCCCCACGAAUGAUGAUACUUGUUACAUUCCUUUAGCAUCCCACUCUCCACUCUGAGAGUCGGAGCCAUGAUGAAGCCAGCUCUGUCUUUUUAUGUGAAGGACAUGACACACAGUCCGAGGCUUCGACGUGCUAUAAGUGCACUCGAUGCACGGAGCUGAUGUAGUCGACACAGACAGCCACAUCGAGCUGGAUUAGGCAUAUUUAUUUCGUUUAUGGGGGCAAUUUCCAACCCUUUAAUCUCUCAUGAUAUCAAUAGUGAUGAGGUCAUUUCAUUCAACCGAGAGCUACUAGAUCUAGUGAGGAGGGGGCUAAGGCUGUGAGGUUUUUCAGAAGGGAAGCUUUAGUGUGGGGAAAACGCCUACUAAUUCGUAUAGCCUACGUGUACCGCAGCAGUCCCCUCACCUGACACAGUGGCCCUUUGUGUCAUAAAGUAGCAUAGUUAGCGAGCUAAAGUCAAACGAUUUACAAAAAGCUUUUGAUUCUUGAUCAACAACACCGCUGCACUGUAAAAUGAACUUCGGCUACCUUACAGGAGUGGUUGUUACGGUUCCGUCAUGAAAAAUAAUACCAAGAACGCGUUCGGGUACGAGAGUGUGUUGAGGACGAGGUGAUGUCUAUAUUUGGCUCAGUUGCAACCACAGGGUACUAAAAUGACUGAACGUCAGGUAUACUUGUUCUUAAGGAGCAGAAAGGGAAACAUAUUAGCUGUAGAAGAACAUCUAAUUGUUUUAUCAUAGCUCUGUAUAUCUCCAACAUCUACAUGGAUGUGAAAAAAUAUGCCAAGAAAUUGAAAAAAACACUUGUUUGUGAUUUUUAAUGGAAAAUCUGUUGUUUUGACUGCAGAUUUCAUUUUAUAUCCAACUGACCUUAUUUGAAGGCUUCUUAACCAUUGUUUCUGACUUGUGUAUGUGAAGACUGAAUAAAACC